GGAAGACGAAAGAGUAAAGCGAAGGAGAGACAGAAGCAACAGAACAUCGAUUCGUUUUCGCGGCGAUUGAGGUUAGGGUUAGGGUUACAUUCAGUCGUCAUCCAAUGGCAACCAAUGAGCACCAGAGCGCCGCGACGUCCGGCCUGAGGAAGCCGGUGUUCGUCAAGGUCAGCGACCUCAAGCCCGGAACAAGCGGCCACACUCUCACCGUCAAGGUCCUGAGUUCCAACACUGUUUUGCAGAAGGGCCGGCCGGCGGCGCAGCACCUCCGCCAGACUCGCAUUGCCGAGUGUCUCGUCGGAGACGAGACUGGCGCCAUCCUCUUCACCGCUCGCAACGAUCAAGUUGAUUUGAUGAAGUCUGGUACGACAGUCAUCCUCCGAAAUGCAAAGAUUGACAUGUUUAAGGGAUCCAUGAGGCUUGCAGUAGAUAAAUGGGGUCGUGUUGAGGUCACUGAACCUGCUUCUUUUGCGGUGAAAGAGGACAACAAUCUCUCUCUCGUGGAGUAUGAACUGGUGAAUGUUGUGGAUGAGUGAUUGUGAUGUUCUGACAUUUAGAAAUCCGAAGGCUGUCAUGUUUAGGCUUUACUCUAUUUUCUGCUCGUGUUGCUGAUGUGCUUACUACCUAACUUAAUUGAUAUGGUGCAUAAUUUUGAAAUUGGUCUACAAAUGUUCCUGGGAAAGCCAAGAAUGAUCUUUAUUUUAUCAUGAACGGGGAUAUCUCCAGUCUUGUUACACGUCAA